AUGCCGCUGAAUGUAGUUAUCCCAUCUGAACCGAAGGACCCAUCAAGGAUUUAUAAAUUCAAUAUAAAUGAAACUUAUUCGGGUGACCUCGAAGGAAUUCUAGUUUUAUGCUUAUUAGCAAUUCUCCUUGGUGUAAUUUUCAAGAUGGUGGAGAUCAUUUUUGUCGUUACCCUUGUAUUGAUUUCCACUUACUUAACAGCGAAGAAUGGAGAAAUUAAUGUUGUAUCAAUACUACCUAUGAUAAUGAUGGUCUUGAUGACAUCUGGGAUGACCUGGUUUCAGCAAAAGAAUCUCCACAAAAGACAUUCUAACAAGUUCGAGAUUUGA